AUGCUCACGAAGGUGGGAUCGACGGGCUUCUGCGCACGGAGGGGUAGCCACUUAUCGUUGCUGCUGUGUGGGUCACCGGAGGAGCAGUCUGUUGGUCGUGGCGGUGACUUGCGCGGACAGGGAAAACUCGCGGUGGAAGAACAACGCACGGAGGGAAAGGGCUUUGCCGUUGGUCUCGCGACAGUGGCAGAGGAGGCGGUGAAGGGUCGUCGACGGUGGCUGGGAUUUUUUUAUGGAGGCUCGACGAAAACUGUAAUUGGAACAGGGCUCGUCUGCUCGACGGCGGAGGGCUGCGUUCUCGAUUUGACCGGUGACGGCGGAGAGGGUCGCCUGCGAUGGAAAGCUGAAACUCGUUGCUCGAUCGACAUCUGUUGUUCGAAGGUGGACUCGCCGGACGAAAAUGGCGACAGAUUUUUCAGGCGGCGAUUCACGAAAUCGAGCAGUGGGGAUUGCAAAAUUGAACUCGCGAUUUGA